ACAAUUGUUGACGUAUUCCAUACUAUACUCGCUUCUAAAGGGAUAGUUUCCCUACUUAGUUCUCCUUGCCAGCAUUAUAGAUCAUGACGGUCCUCAGGCGGGUCGCUUGGUGAGACGUCGGACCCACACCAGCUUGUAGUGAGGUUAUGCUGCAUUUGUAACAGGCUAUUUCCUGGUAGGUCUAGGUUGCAAUCCAGUGAUAGGACUUGCUUUCUGCAGUCCGCGACCAUAUCUUGCAACAGUAGGACGCGUGGUCUGCCAGCAUUGCCAGGUCUCACCAAUUCCCUCUGGCCGCGUGUUUCAGGCAGAACUCACACAGACAGCGAGACCAGGAAUGUUACAAGGGACGACUUCGUAUCUAACCCAGUUACCGGUAGAGCUGAUUUGCGAGGUAUUGAGUUACCUCACCGCCAAUGAGCUCGCCCGAGUGCGACAAAUAUGUAAAGUGAUCAGGGCUGUGGUAGACCACUCUGAACAGCUGCAGUACAUCAUCGACCUAGGAUUCCUUCGCAUGUUAGAGAUCCCUUCAGAUCGGUGCCGUGGUCCCGUCGCCACCCGCCGCAAGGAGCUCCGCGAGUUUGAAACGUCGUGGCGGAAUGUAAGGUACAGGCGCAAAUGCGACUUCCAGCUUCUGACGUCUGGUCUCGUGUACGAUUUUGUGGGAGGUAUCUAUGCCUUGGCCGGCGAAGGCUAUUUGCACUUCUCCAUCUUACCUCACAAUCCCCGUGAGGACUCGCAGCCCAUACGUACUUGGUCCCACCCCGUAGACAUGGCAAUUCUAAUUGACUUCACGUUCUGCCCUGCUCAGGACCUUUUGGUCAUCGUGAGCCUGGCCGCCAAUGAUCACCACCACUGUUACGAUCUACAUCUGCGCUCUCUAUCCACGAAUAAAUCUCAUCCAGGAGCUGUGUCGUCAGUACUCAAGGCAGUCAACGAUCGGCAGUACCCAUUUUACCAUGCCAACGGGCCUGUCAAGGUCCAGGUUCUCGAUAAAUAUCUGGCUAUAUUGUGCCGUGAGGUGGUUGUUGAGGGCGAUGAAAUAACAGAUUACUUCCAGCUCUGGGAGUGGAGAACGGACAAAGAUGCUAAAUUCACUAUGCAAUUUACCGAAAGUAUGACCGAUUUCAUAUUCCUGGCAGAAGACAGGUUCCUCCUCCUUGCCGACGAUGGGACCAUUUCUAUCUUCUCUUUUGUUGGUGAUCAAAACCUAAUUGCUCCACAAUGUACUGCGAAGUUGGCCAUGCCUGCUUUGAUGCGGGACUGGCAUUUCGCAGAUGCUUUCCUUGGCGGAAAUCCCGCACCGGCGAUAGGCGCUAUGACGAACUUCUCUCGCCCUUGGGUUGAGAAUGGGGAAUCGCCAAUGUUCCACCCCACUGCCGAUGACCAGCUUCUGGCCUUCCACGUAACGGUCUAUCGUAUGACUAACGAGGAUGACAUGCACUCCUAUGUCUUCUUUGUAUUCCGCAGUGAGCUUCUCGGCCUCCAGUCACUUUACGAGAAGGAAUUUAGGAAGCAAGAAGGUUCCCAGAGAUCGUGUCUACCGUACUCCAUAUGGGGGAGAUCUCGGGCGCAUUGGUCCCCUGGCAAUUACGUGGAUUGGCAGAACUCAGUGUACGGGUAUCGCACGGUAGAACUGCUCAACGACAGUCAAAUACUGUUCUCGACGGAACCACGCAGGUUACGUGUGAGGGACUUUAAUCCGAACCUGCUUUAUUCCUUUCCUCGGCGUGGAAAUGGAUACUCAGUGUAUCGCAUUGGGAUUUCGGCUGAAGCCAUAGGAUCACCCGCCUGUAUCAAGCCAUUCGCGGAGCCUUGGGGAAAUGGCCUGCCGCACAGUGAAGUUGUCACUGAAGAGACCUUCAAUGCGACAGAGGUGAUGAUGGACGAGGGCCGUAUUCUAUUGUUCAGUCGCGAUACCAGUAAAGAUCUGUUAAAUCUCGAUGUUCUUGUCAUGUAG